AUGAGAAGAUCACUAGGUCUUCCACUACGCCUAGGUGUAAGAUGGAUACCUCAAACUGUGAUAGCAGGACCAAUACGAAGAUUUUACAGAAAAGGGCCUGAGUUGCCGCAAUCUGAUAAUCUUCAACCUAAGGCAUCUCAUUCGAAAGAUCAAUCUACCGAAGUAAAAACUCCCCCGUUAUUUGCUUCAUCCAAUAAAGAGAGGCUAGAAGACUUUCUUAGUCCUGACGUACAAGAAAAAUUUGGUUUCCAAGAACUAGAUAAAGUGAGUUCUGUCGAGGAAACUUUCUUACAAUAUUUAAAGUUUAUUAGUAAAGGGUUUAAAAAAAGUAGCAAGCAUCUUAAUCGACUACAAACUGAUUUAAGUAAACGAACUUUAACUUCCAAUAAAAAAUUAUCACUUUUGUUUGAUUAUCUACUGAUAGAAUCCGAUUUGGAAAUUAAGCGUCUUAAGCAAGGUCAUAUCGAGGGUACUGAUGGCGAGACCUCUCAUAUCCCUUUAGCAGAUGACGAAGCUGAAUCAAUGAUCAUGAAUGAUGUUUUUAAAUCGUUGGAUUCGAAUGAUGGACCCAACAAAAAGUAUUUGCACAAUACAGAUUUUCUUUAUAAGAUAAUGACCGAUUUGAAUGUCAAUGAUGAAAUUAAAAUCAAGACGGAUAUUCUUUCCAUCGAUCAAAUGGUACGGGCUUUUGAGCUUGCCAAAUCAAUGCCCACAGAGGGAAGAAAGCAAAGGGGUAUACUUCUAGCGGGGAAAUUAUUAUACUCAUUAAAGAAAGUUCGAAUGGAUCCCAUUAAUGAAUCUCUCUAUAUUGAUUCACUAUUAAGAUAUCGUUUGUUUAAAUCAGCUUAUGAAUUAUUCAACAGUCGGAAACCACAAUUCAGAAAAAGAUGGUGGUAUGAAUUGGGAUUGAUGAUUUUACUCCGAUCCAAUCAACUUAAAUCGUUUGCGAGACUACUAGAAGAAGUGGAUAAGCAAUUUAAAAAUGAUAUUUAUCUAAACCCUCGUGUAAUAAGACUUGCAAUUAAGAAAUAUUUAAAUUCUGGCAACCCUCUCAAGGCAAUGAAGUUUAAAGAUAGAUUUCUUUCCAUUAUCGAUGAGCAUGGCAUCAGUAUAAAUAGAAAUACUGAUGAGAAUCAAAACGUCAGAAAUUUUCAAGAAGAGGAUGACGUUUUAUUAUUCCUGGAUGAGUUAGAAUUGCCAACAACGAAUGACUACAUGGCGAUUAUCGAGAGUUUUCUACAUAAGAAAGAUUUGAAAACGGCAUUUAAACUUAUUGCCAAAUAUUUAGAAAUCCCAGGAAUCUCGGAGGAGAACCUGAAAGAUUUGAUAACCUUAACUAAGUUUAAUCUUCUCUCUAAUUUUGAAACACUUAAAAAAUCCAUUAAACCCUUUAUCAACAGCAAUGCUGCUAUUGAGAAACUGGCAAUGUUAGAACCACUUUUUAGUAGAAUAGUAGAAGAAUUUAACAAAGCCCCUGUAGGAAGGGAACUGCUGUUUGAAAAUGUUGCGCAAUUAGCGUCUAACCCAUUAUUAACAGGAACUGUCGAAGAAUUUGUCGUUAAGGAUAUUUCUUCAAUGAAUGAUAAACUAGGGACAUCUAAAGAAGAUUCAUCAACUCCAGACUCCAAAAAAUUUUACGCAUUAUUGAGAGUUAUGCUAGCAUCUAAAAAAGAGAAUGUUGCGUUAACAAUUCUCGAAAAAAUGGAAGAAUCAUUACAGAAAAGUCAGAAAGACCAAACGUAUUUAGGAAGUCAGUUUUAUGCCGAAGCUAAUGCCCAUCAUUAUGCACAAUUUAUUGAAUAUUAUACUCUAUUAUCUAGAACAGCUAAUAGAAGAAAACGUCCAUUUUAUGAAGGAAAGGUUAGCGAUAUCAUUGAUAGAAUGUCUGACUUAAAAGUUGAAACAAAUUCAGAAUUCUUAGUUAAACUGCUAACGUUUUAUAGAGAAACUCAAAAUAUGAACAGAUGUUUCGAAAUUAUUAACCCCAUACUCAAAUCAAAAUUAUUUGAAACAACAAUGCCGGACGUUAGUAGAUCGCAUACUUAUAAAUCCAGAAAUAUUACUAAGGCGCUAUACUCUGAAAUUUGGAAAGGGUAUUUUGAGUAUUACAAGAUAUUCAAUAAAGAGCUGUUGAGAGUUAAGAAAAAUUCUAAUUAUGAUACAUGGAAGCACAACUCUAAGAAUAUUAUUGGAGAAACUGAAGUUCAUCCAGAAUUUUCCACAAGAUUAUUAUUGAAACUUAUGGUUAAGCAAGACAAUAUUAUGCCUGACCCAAUUUUCUUUUAUUCUAUCAUAAGAACAUUUGUUAAACAAAGGGAUUGGGAUGUAAUUCCUGUUGUUUUAUCUAUGAUGGUAAAACAAUUUGAUACCAAAGUGGGGAAAAUUCAUAUGGAAUAUAUAAUGCGGGCUUUGAAGAAGGAAUAUGUUAUUGUAGAAACUAAUAAGAACCGUACUAAUGAUAAGGACUUCGAAAUAACUCGAAUAGCUGCUAAGGAAGAAAUUAUAAGGCAAAAGAAAGAAGGAUUGAUUCUAAAACAAAUUAAGCCAAAUCAAGUGUUUUACAAAAGACUCCUGGUUGAAAUAAUACGUUUCUUAAGGUUUAGGGAGUCAGUGACGUAUAGCUUUGAAGAAACGUUCACUUUUUAUGACAAUAUGGAUAUUGAUAAGCAUGAUUUCAAAAAGUCACUAACGAACGUAAGCAAGUCUAGUGACAAUAAUUAA